AUGGUCACUGAUCAAGAGCCAACUGAACUUAUACGUAUGUGUGUAUGGUCACAUUGUCUCGAUAAAUUACGACAAGAAAUUCCUUAUUCUCUACAUAUCGUUGUAGAUGACUGUGACAAAAUCAAACAAGAUAGUGGUGAUGAUCGUGUCUAUGUGCAUGUACGUAUACAAUGUCGAAAUGAGCGUCAGCUAUUGAGCGUUCUAGGCGUCAAAGGCAAUACAAUUAAGGAAAUUGCAGGUGCUGUUAAACUGGACCUUAUGACAGCGUUUCGAUGUAAUACAGUUGUAAAAUUAACCGCUGAAAUGUCAGGGAUCGAUCCUCACAUCAGAAAAAAACUCAAGCAAGCCAAACAAUUUUCUGAAGUUUUCCCAGAAUAUGACAAAUCGGAAUAA